CCAACCAUACGAAAUAACUAAAUUUUAAUAUGAAAAGUGCUAAAAAAUCUCCUAAAAAGGCAUCUGGCAAGGCAACGGACACUACACAUUUAGAUAAAAUACAAUUACCGAUCACAGAAGUCGAUCCUACAGAGUGCCCUUUCAGAGAGUUUAGAGAUAAUGAACUUAUCCCGGAACUGUGGGGAGCGGCGCCGAAGCCUCUAUCUAAAUCCGAAGACAAGAAGACCUCCCUGGACGCAGCGGUCUGGACUGACGACCAGGUGCAACCGCUGCCGAGGUCUGCCCGGAAAGACUUCUUCGAGUGGAGACAGGCGAAGGAGCUAGCUAAGGAAUUCUACGACGCUGGCGUUGCCGUGGAGGACAGUGAUAACUUGAACAUGGCGCUGCUGGACGUGCAGACAUCAUAUGCGGAGAUCAUAGAGAGAUCGGCAUUCUGCAGGAAAUUCAUGUCUAUUUGUUACAUUCUUGAGAAACAAACUGGCUUUGUUGUAGAACACCAGUCGGAGUCGUUCACGUGCGCCCUCGCUGACGGGUGGAGGCCGAAGUACCACGUCUACACACCGGGCUUGAAGCCCGGCGGCGGCCAUCAGCAUAAGCCCGUUUAUUCUAAAAAUGGGUGCUACCUCGUCCGUCUCUACUACAUCGGCGCAUGGCGAUGCGUGUGGGUCAACGACCUGGUGCCCACAGACAAGGAAGGCCACCCCUUGCUCCCGUUCCACCCCAUCAUCAAGCCUCUGACGUCACGGAUAGUGAAGAUCAACCUGCCGCCGUCGUCUGGGGGAACUGUGGCGCUGUGGCCGCUGCUGCUGUGUAAAGCACUGUUGAAACUGGCUGCACCGGACAUGAGCGAUGUACCUGAGGGGAGCUGGGAAGACGAAGAUAUGGAAGGGGUCAACAUAUUUCACGCUCUGACUGGAGCACUUGUGGUGACGUUGACAGAUGGUUUAAAAAAUGUAGAUGAAUCAUGGGAGCUAUUAAAAUCUGAAGUUCCCGUGUUUGAGUGGGAGAACGAUGAUGAAACAAUUGCCGGUACCGUUAAGACUAAAAGCACUAAAAAGUCUGGAAAGAAAAGUGCAGAAAAAGGUGGUAAAGAAAAGGAGGGAAAAUCCGGUAAAGUAAGUGCAAAGAAAUCAGCAAAGGAUAAGAAGAAAGGUGAAAAAGAUGUAUCGGCUAAUAAAAGCAGAACACUGGUUUGUGCAAAUUUGAAUAAUACCAAAAACUAUGAGCCCUACAUCUUACCGGGCUUGGUGCCUGCUUACGAAAUGAUUUUAGUCGUACAAAUGUUGAGGGAUCUGCCGCUCAUGAAACCUCUUGCCGAACCAGAACUGGCCCUCUGGAAGUACAUCCGCUGGAUCUACUGGGCCAAGAGCCACGGCCUCUACCUGGAACACGAGUGUCCUCGGACCAGGUUCAUCAAGAGCACCGGCCUGCUGAAACUGUCACUGGCCACCCAUUUACUGGAUUUGCAGAGUACUAGCUCGAUAUCUCAUGCAUUUCGUGCGACUCAGCGAAACUCUCCUCUGAGAAAGAAAGAAGAUGCGUCAGUCAAAAAUAAACAGCAAGUAGAUGAAGCGGAACAAGAAGAUUUAGAGAAAAGAAGGUAUAACGAAGAGUUACGCAAGUGGGUUCUUUAUGACGCGUACCAUCAAGUGUUACAUUCAAUCGAUUUCAUAUGUUUCCCGUCGACAAACAACUUUUUUUCAUCAUCAAGCAGUGUGAGCCGUCGAAAUCCAAGGAGCACUUCUAAAAACAUUAACAUCCCUUAUCCAACGGAUGCUCCUUUGUACUUAGUGAUACACGGAAAAAAUGCUCAAGCAUUGAGAGUAGCCUUGACAGCACUGCAUCCAAGAGUUUUGUCCAACUGUGGAGACCAAAUAAAAGAUUAUAUAGAAGGGACAUAUUUGAUCCUUGAGGAGUUCGAAUGGUUCAAAGAUAACCCAACACCUAAAAUAACAGCGUAUAUGAAAACACGGGGAUAUGAGUCUUUGCAAGUUACCUUUGCUCCAGGAAGACAUUAUUGCAGGGUUUGGGUGCACUCUAAACUACAGUGGCAUUUAAUGAUGUGCAGUGCCGAUAACAUACAACUGGGAAUGAGAGAUGAAGCCAUGGUCGCAGCCAUGGAACAGUGCCCAUGGAUUGACCAGUACCUUACCGGCAUCGCAAUUGCCUUCAGUAAUUGGAUAGGAACUACUAAAACUACCGAGUCUUUUGCACAAUUGGAAAAAGAGUUUAUGAACUCUUAUCAACCUGAUUUACCAUGGCUAGAUGAAAUUUCGGGGUUCAAAAGAAAAUAUAUACACUGGAUGUUUAAACAAGCUCUUGGGCGAGUACUCAGACAAAAAAUGGCUCCGCUUGACUUAUUUGAUAUAAAUAGAGUGAUGAGGAUACUGCUGCAUGAUCCUGAAUUUGGUUUAGCAGACAAAAAUCCGGCUUUGCCUACAAGAGAAUUCAUUUCAAAAGAUCCAUGUGAUUGUUCGACAACUUACGACGAAGUGGAGAUAACUGAAGAUAAACUACAAAAGGGGGAUAAUGCAACGAUUAAACCAAAUCUAUCAGACAGAAUUUUAGAACAUAUAAUGAAUCCUGUAAAUUUAGAGGGAGUUUCUCGUAUUUGUGAGGUCGCAACUGAGGAAAUUUCAUGUGAAUAUCUAAAGAAAGAGAGAUACAAAAUUAUAAAGAGACAUGAAGCAGCGACAGUAAUACAAGCCUAUUGGAGAGGAACUAGAGUGAGAAUUUACUUGAGAUCGCAAUACCCUCCGGAAAUACCUUCAAAUGUGAUGAAAAAUAUGAUGGAUUGCGCUUUUGGCUCCGUAGAUGCACUUGCAUCGGUAAUGAAUGAAUUCUUCAGAAUGUUUCCUAGUGUCAAGUAUGCAUAUUCAAUAUCUUCUGGACUAAAAGGAGGUUGUGACCUGAAGCAAUAUACAGGGUCUGUACAAGUGACGAAGAAUUGCCGAUGGGUUCCGCUUUUUAGGGGAUUAUUCUUUUGUCAUAGCCCAGUCAAAGUUCAUUUUGCUUUGACCGUUAAAGAUGUAAAUCAUCGUACGUAUGCAGUGUUCGACAACGACUCGCUACUUCCAAUGCCCCAAAAUUUCAACGCUCACAAAACAUUCGAUAUUACUCCAAACGUCAGCGGAUACACGGUCAUCGGUCACGGAAUUUUAAACGAAGUCAAGUCUGAUUUUGAGGCCGAAUGGAAAUUUACAGUAUUGUCAUCUAUGGCUGAUGUGUUUCAUAUCUGCGACGACAAUGCUGAAGAAAUCUGUAAAAUAGCACCUUUACUACCAUCGUUAAAGUUUCGGAUUACUGAAAUCUAUGUUCCAAACAAGAGGCAAAUUUUAGGUGGCGUUCUAAUUUCAGUUGGUAAAACUGAAAGCGUUACUUUAAGAGUCGUUGCUAGUGAUCCUAAGCUAGAAAUGAUUGCUGUACUCCGCAGCCAACCAUCAGAAGAUAUCCUAGAAGACAUAUCAAAUUGUUCUGGCAAAGGAGAGUUGUUUUGGCCAUUUAUUAAAUUGGAGCAAUUUCCACCAUUAGAGAAAGAGGAAUCGUUGCCGCUACCAAAAAGUUUAUCAAGUACUUUAAAACAUAGAAAGACAAAUUCAUCACAUACAUCGAGGAGAAAACUACCAAGUGCUAAAGGAUCAUUGGCAUCCGCCCCAGAUGCAAAAAUUGAACCUGUAAUUGAUUACAGACAUUACGUUAUCGAUAUCAUAGCCUGUAACGGAUGGGAUCUCACUGAGUAUCAAUGGCGGAAAGCAUUGGAAUUACUCAAUAAUAAUGUCACUACACUUGAACAAUCACCUCCCAAAUCUAAAGGGGCAAAGAUAACAAAAACUGAGAGAUCCAGGACUGCAACACCUAAAGCUGCUGAUGCAGUGGAUCUGACAGACAAAGAUGCAUUCAUAGAGAUAGAAGUGGCGUACUCCGUGGGGUCAGGCGUGUCGGUGAUACGUGAUGAGACAAGGAAACAGGAUCUCCUCAAUGCUAUCAAAUCAUGGAACCUCAUUGACGCAGACCGGGGUACGAAAUGUGGCUCUGUGAGAGAAGAUUUCCUAAAAGAAAAUGUGCUUACUGAUCCUCCACCAGAACCACAUGAGAGUCUGCAAGGCAUACCAGACAGCAACAUGCCGCCUGAACCAACACGCAGCUCUGAGCGACCAGUUGAUGCAACAAUACAGGAGGUUCCAAUAGAAAUGGAGGAACGUGAAAAUGAAGAAAUAGCUGUAGAGACAGAGCCGGUAUAUCGAAAUAUACCUCCACAGUUAUUGGAUGAGCUAAUACCUAUGGAUUUCUUGGACGAAUGCGUCAAACCAUUGAAAGAAGAAGAACCAAGAUACAUCGACGCUGAUGAGGCAGAGCAACUUGCAGAAGCUCGCCAAGAGGAGAGAGACUACGAUGAAAGCCGCGCACAAGCCUUUGAGGAGUACAACCAGAGGCACGUGCUGGCCGGGCAGCAGAGGCGCGCUCGCCACGUGGACAACAUGCAGAUUGGUGCAGCCUGGAAGCCAUCCCUGGAAGCAGCCUUCAUCGCAAGAGACGAGGCGAGAGAAGUUCAGGCAAAAGCUCUGGGAGCUACGAAAGCUCCUCCAUCGAAGCAAGGCAGCGCGAAAAAAAACGGUUCACCAAAAGCCAGCAGCAAGAAGGAUGCAUCGACAAAAAAGAGCGCUAAAAAGAAGAAAUAACAUUUUGUUUAGACAGUACACCACCCGAGUCCGCGUUGUUCUAUGUUUGACAGUUGUUAUCACGUUGAGAGUUUCGUUGCGUAAAAAUACACUUUAUUUUAAGUUAUAAUAAAGAAUGAAUAGCUAU